AUGUCAUCCAAAACCCCCCUCGACAUCGUCUUCGGCUGCAUGACCUUCGGCCGCGAAGGCGAAGAACAAGUCCGCACCUCGGAUCUAAACGACUGCGCAGCUAUCCUCGAUACCUUCCAAUCCUACGGUCACAAUGAAGUAGACACGAGUCGUUUCUAUGGCGACGGCACAUCGGAAGAAUACCUCGGCAAACUUUCAUGGCAGAAGCGCGGUCUAGUGAUGGAUACGAAGUUCUUCCCCAACGUCCAUGGGCUUUUCAGUCGUACACCCACUCACUCUAGGAAGGAGGAUAUGGGCAAGAGUUUGGAGCAGAGUCUUACUGCGCUUGGAGCCGAAGGCGUGGAUUUGUGGUAUUUGCAUGCGCCGGAUCGGAGUGUGCCGCUUGAGGAGACGGCGAGGGCGGUGCAUGAGCUGUUUGAGGAAGGAGGAGGGAAGAAGUUUAAGAGGUGGGGUGUUAGUAAUUUCAUGGCUUGGGAGGCAAUCUGCGAGAUCUGCAAAGCAAACGGAUACCAGUUACCGAGUGUAUACCAAGGCGUAUACAACGCACUCCACCGCAGCAUCGAGCACGAACUGCUCCCUUGCCUGCGCAAAUACAACAUGUCGUUCUACGCGUUCAAUCCGUUGGCAGGCGGGUGGUUGACCUCGCGGUAUAAGCGCGAGACACAGAACGAAGCUCUCGAGGCUGGGAGUCGGUUUGAUGCAAACCGUAUGCAAGGCAAAAUGUACCGCGCGCGCUACUGGAACGACGAGUUCUUCACUGCGAUCGAGAGCCUGCGGUCUGAAUUACCUGAAGAGCAGACGGAGAGUGAGACGGCGCUUCGGUGGAUGAUGCACCAUAGUCAGCUGAAGAAAGAGUUUGGAGACAAGGUUAUCAUUGGGGCGAGUAGUAAGGGGCAGUUGGAGAUGAAUCUCAAGGACUUUGAGAAGGGGCCGUUGGAUGAGGGGGUUGUGAAGGCGCUGGAUCAGGGGUGGACGGUAACGAGGGGGGUGACUUGGAAGUACUUUCACUAG